AGGUGAGAGCCCUUCAGGAAAUGAGCCCUGGAGCCGGUGGGGACACUCCAGUGAUUGUAUCAAACAAUGGACAAAGGGGGGCCUUCCGCUCCCCAGCCUGCUUCUUUGGUGAGCUCAGCUAGCAGGCUGGGCUAUAAAGCUGGGCCUGCAGUGGGUGGGACUCAUGUGCUGGGCCAGAGGACAGGCAUGGGGAUGAAGUCUGUUCUGCUGGGCUGGGUUCUGGCGCUGCCUUGGGUGUCUGGGGCUCAGGUCGAGGUCCUGGUGCAGCCGGGUUUCGAUGCCAAAAAGUUCUCAGGCCUCUGGCACGUGGUCUCCAUGGUCUCCGACUGCAAGGUCUUCCUGGGCAAGAAGGACCACUUGCUGAUGUCCACCAGGGCCGUCCAGGCCACAGCAGAGGGCGGCCUCAGAGUGCACAUGGAGUUCCCUCAGGCUGAUGGCUGUAACCAGGUGGAUGCCCAGUUCCUGAAGAUGGGCUCCGAGGGGCACUUCAGAGUCCCAGGCCGGACCCAGGACGCGAGCCCCCAGGCUGAGAAGGCCUUCCAGGACUUCUACCCCACGGUGGGGCUCCCCGACGACAUGAUGGUCAAGCUGCCCAAGUCAGACGCGUGCUCCUCAGCGGGCAAGGAGGCGCCCUGACCCCUCAGGAGUCCCACCCCGGGCUUCCCAGAGCUGGAGCAGGGUGAGCCGGAGCAGCAGUACCCUGAGUGGUCCAGACCCGUGGACUUCCCGCCUCCCCCCGCCACCCCGAGCCUCGGGUCACCCUCCCCUCCUCAUCCCUGGGCCUCCCCCUCCCGCUCAAUAAACAUUCUGCAGACUUCAGACUCCUCACUUCUUUGGAGAGGACCUUGGGAAGGGCACAGUGGCUCCAUCUUAACCCAGGACUUCUGAAAAACUGAGGCAGGGACACUGGCACCUGUGUGGGGCUGUGUCCCCCACCUGCCGGCCCCCGUGGGAUCACAGCACCUGUGGGGAACCAAAGUGCCCCGUGAGGC